AUUUACCCGAGAGACAAAUGUCUCACGAGAACAAUUACUACAACGGAAAUUACCGUGUUUUGAUGGAAACUUUCUUUUUUGUCCGCAAGUAAAUUGAUGCAACACGACAAAAUAUCCCUUCAGGGGAACAUAAUUUUUCGGCAGAACUAAUUUUUUCUCUCAUUGUGGACUUCAAAAAUCAUGAAAGUCACUCAUCGCCUUUGCCGGAAGACAAUAUUUCACAAUAUUUAUUUUCAGUCAUUACCCGUUUACUUUUAACUCUCUGCCAGUGAAGAAAAGUAAGGUCAAAAACUGGUAUGCGAUUUUCCGGACAUCCUUGAGUCGAUUUAUUUGUUAUCGUCAUGCGCCCCUUUUUGAGCCCUCGCCGUCACGAUCUGCAGAUCCUCAUAUUGUGCUUCUUCGCUCUCACCUUGUACUUGUAUCUACGAAUGAGUACGAAUGAUUCGUCUUCUGUCAUCGCGCCUGGAGAUGUCAGUGAAUCGGCUUUCAUCAGAGACGUCAAUGAUCCCAACAUCAGGAACGCAUCCCCCCAGUCUUCAAAGGCUGCACCAUUGUCCUCCCUCUCGACCAACGCAACUGCUCCUCGGAAUUCAGCCCCACCAACGGGAUCAACAUCCACAUCACCACCUCAGGGUCUUCAGCCUCUUGAGAGACCCUUCAGCCUCUUCAGAGCCUCACCCACCACACCAGGCACUCAGCCAACCGUCACCAACGAGAAUAACACAAUACGUGCGAUAUAUCAAGGUGGAUAUAAUGUAUCAGCCCAGGGGAAGUGCCCCAAACACGGCGAAGACAUGGAUUUGGUGAUUGUGAUCACGUCAAGACCGUCGCACACAGCAGCGAGAACUGCAAUACGACAAACAUGGGUUUCCCUUGAAGAACUUACAAACGUCAGUGCAGUAUUCAUGCUUGGUACGACAGAAGAUCCUGAAUUGGAGAAGCUUCUCCAGGACGAGCAGAAGUGGUACGGCGAUUUGAUAAGAGGUAGAUUCCUAGACUCAUACUCAAACCUAACGCUCAAGACAAUCUCAACGUUAGAAUGGGUCGACACAUACUGCUCAAACGCCAAGUUUCUCCUGAAAACCGAUGAUGAUAUUUUCAUCAACAUACCUCGACUCUUGUCCUUCGUUGAAGAACACGAGGGACAGAGGAAUGUUAUAUUUGGUAAAUUGGCACACAAGUGGAAGCCGUUUAGAGAUGAACAGAGCAAAUACUACAUCUCUUCGGCGCAGUACAAACCCGUGCUGUAUCCUGACUUUAUGACUGGACCGGCCUACCUCUUGUCGGGGGAUGUUAUCAAUAAACUGUAUGAGAGUGCGCUGAACCAAACUUUCUUUAACCUGGAGGAUGUCUUUAUUACUGGUAUGGUUGCUCCCAAACUCAGGAUCGAUCUAGUGCAUGUCAAUGAAUUUUGGAAUGACAAAAUCAGUUACACCUUUUGUAAUGUGCAACGUGUCAUCAGUAUACAUGACGUUGAACCUGAACAUCAAGCCCUUCUUCAGAAAAUGCUGGUAGAUAGUAAGACCAAGUGCAAGUUCGGAAGGAGAAAAUACAGUCGAACACUAAAGUUCGUGAACAGAAUACAUAAGAUACAAGCUCAGGUUGUUCAGGAAUUUUAGUGCUCCACUGUACAUCCUAUCGUGAAGAUACAUUCCAUUGAGUGAAACCUGUCUUGUAAGCACAUGACUACUUCCUGACUGUGACCAAAUUAUUGGUUCAUGUUGCUGUAAUCUUGUACGAGUGAGAACACAUGGUAUUUGCAACGUAUUGUGUCUCGAAUGUGCAGAAAGGAUUUUAAUUAAAGACCUGAUGUUUACAUAAA